AUGGCGGGUUGGUUUUACAUCACGUCCGACAUUGAUCCGUAUCCAACAACCCACAUCUCCCAUACCUACCCGGAACCUGGUCACCAUCUGCACCACAUACCAAUUCCGUACAUGGCACACAAAGCGUACUCGAAAUUCCACGACAAAGAUGAGGACGUCCAUCAACCAAAGACCGAUGUGCGCGAAACCGUGACCAACUUCUACAUUGAAGUCGAGCUCCCAGGAAUCAAGGAGCAUACCGAACUUCGUCUGCGCUGGACCUCGGACCGUACGUUACUAUUGACGAGCAAGACGCAUCGUCCCGAUAUCCCGGAAGAAGAGUUGGUAGAGGAGCCUGGCCCACCUCCAGUAGUCGCUGCUCCAGUUCCAGCUUCUGCAGAAACCAUGGCUGAAAACGGCGCGCCGCCAGCUAGCCAAGAAGCCCCCGCUGCCGAGGCGGAAGCCGCGCCCACAGCUACAGCUGCUGCUGCUCCUGCUGCUCCUGCUCCAGCUGCCGCGCCGGCGGAAGAGCAUGCUCCCAAGAAACAUGAACCUCACUUGACGGUGCACGAGCGCCAGGUCGGCGAGAUGAUCCGGGCGUACAACUUCCCCGUCGACGUGGACCGCGACAACACGCAUGCCAAGCUCGACGCCGGCCUGCUGAGGAUCGUGGUGCCCAAGGUCAUGGAGCACGGCGAGGCGCGACACAUCCACGUGCCCAUCAAAAUCGCCCCGAUCCCAUGCAACAGCUGA